GUCUGUAGUAGCAGCAAUGACAGAAACAUCUCCACGAUGCCUGCUCUUUCUGAUGUCACUGCUGUGCUGGACAUCUAGUCAAGUCCUCCCAGCUGGUCUGACUGUGAGUCCCAGCAGAUCUCAGUUCUUUGAAGAAGACUCUGUGUCUCUGAGCUGUGAGGAGGACAACAUCUCUGCUGGAUGGACUGUGAGGAGAAACACAACCAGAGGAACUCAGUGUGGAGAUGAAUGGGGGAAACCAGCUGGUUCUUCCUGUACCAUGACCUACAUCAUCCAAGGUGAUACUGGAGUGUACUGGUGUGAGUCCAGAGAGGGAGCAGCCAGCAGCAGCAUCAACCUCACUGUCUCUGGUGGAUCAGUGAUCCUGCAGAGUCCUGUCCUCCCUGUGAUGGAGGGAGAUGACGUCACUCUGAGCUGUCAAACAAAGACUUCCUCCAACCUCCCAGCUGCUUUCAUUAAAGAUGGCGUCUUCAUCAGGACUGAGCCUGCAGGUCACAUGACCCUCCACCAUGUGACCAGCUCUGAGGAAGGUCUCUACAAGUGUAACAUCAGUGGUCAUGGAGAGUCUCCAUCCAGCUGGAUCUCUGUCUCAGAGAAACCUCCAACCUCUUCUCCACCCAUCAUAUCCUCUUCCACAGAGAAAUCCACCAACGUCUCUACAGACAAAUCUGGCUCAGGUUCUCACUCCAUUCUUCUCGUAGUGUUGCCUCUCAUCGCAACUGCUUGUGUUUUGGUUUUCCUGGUGUUACUGGUUGUACUGGUGAGACAACGUGCUCACAGCAAACCUAAAGGCAAUAAAGGAAGAAGAGAAGAGGAUGAAAUCACAUACGGUGACAUCAAAAUAUCUCAGAGUAAACAACGGAAAAGCAAAGCAGGAAAAGACGACGAUCCGGCUGCAGUCUACUCAGCGGUGAGAACAGGGGAAGUGACUUAUGGAGAGAUAGUCAUCAUGAAAAAGAAGGAGAAGUCAAAGACCAGAGAGAGUCAACUGGACCCAGAUGUGGUCUACUCCUCAAUAAACAGCUCCAGAGUCAACCAGUGAUCUCCAGCAGCUUCCUUCAACUGGUUUUAACUUUUUAUCAGCGUGUUAGAUCUACCUCACUGGGAUCAGACCAUGACAUCACAUUCAUCGUAACUGGUUUCCAGUCGUAGGUGAGGAAACCACCGGCUCUGUUGUUGCUCAGCGAUGCGAAGCAGAUAACACAUCAAGUCACACUGUGACCUCAGAUUCUGUUAAAACCAAAAUCAUCAUUUAAUGCAAUAAGACAAAUGCAGAAAAAGCUUCCAUGUGUAAAAAUAAAGAUCACACUGUUAUAUAAUCUGCUUUUAAAACUGUGCAGGCUUAUCUAAGUUAACUUUACACUGACGAUGUGCUGCUGUUUACAUGAAAAACCAGAGAUCCUAAAUGCCUUUACCAGGAGGAAAUAAUAAAAUACACAACCGGCUGGAAAUAAGACAAGACGUUCACUGCAGGAAAUCGUUGCUAUUUAUUCAAUCUGAACUUCUUUACUCCAUAAGGUCAAACUUAUACAUACAAGCUUAAAUGUAUACAUUCAAGUUUGGUUAAAUGUUCUUCUGUAAAUUACUUAAUCACAGACCUUUGUAGCCAUCACCAAGCUGCUAGGUUCUGGAUUGAUAUUGGACCGUAUUCAGAUAUAACUGAGAUCAGGGUCUCUCCAGAAGCCUGAUGUUAUUAAUCCGCUCCGAUCAGUUCUGAUGUGUUUGGGCUCAAUGUUCGCUGAAACAAGCAGGUGUGUCCAGGUCUCAACCAUCUAGCAGCUUCUCUCAGCUGAAGUCUUCUUCAUUAUUCUAUCCACUUCAGUUCACCAGCACCACUGGGAGCGAAGGCCACAGCAUGAUGCUGCCACCACCAUGCUGAACAGUUGGUUUUAAUAUGUUGCAGUUUGAAAGAAACAUCUUGACCUUUCUAAACAUGUUUGUUGUCAUUGUGGCCAAUCGGCUCAAUGUUUGUCGUCUGAUCAGAAAACGUUUCUCCUGCAAGCUUUUGGCUCUUCCAUGCAGACAGCAGCACGUUUCAGUCCAGCUUGGGGUGUCAGAACUGGAGCUCUUUUAUUGACAGGCAGCCUCUCAUUCGGCUAAACUAGCUAACUGUGGACGAUGAACAGUUUAUGAUGGGUUCUAGCCUUGCUGGUUCCUGGGUUGUUCCUGAACAUCCUGACCCAUUUCCUUUCAUCUGAGCUUGAUAGGCUGGGCCAGAUGGGAAAAUCCUGGCUUCAUGUUCUCUACAACCUGCUGUGUGACAUUUAUCCAAAUAUUAUUGGAGGUGUAUGUUUACUUUGGAGCCUAAAUGUAUAACUUUGAGACUCUAUUUUAGAGGAAAUCCAUAAUACAUUUAAACUGGUGUCCUCAAUCCUUGAUUAAAAUCUCUGCAGUUCUGUUAUACAAUCAUUCAACCCUGGAAACAGGAUCACAAUUAACAGACAUUCAUGUCUGUGAGAAAAGUAUGUAAACAUCUGACACUGUAUUCAUUCUGUAUCUUAUAUUUUAUUUGGAAAAUCUAAAUAAAACUCUUUAGACCGUU